CCCCUCCCCUCACCUCCCCAUCUCUCUCCUCUCUCUCUCUCCCUCCCUCCCGUCCGUGCCUGCUAAUUUUUUAUGCAUUUUUCUAAACUGUCAUGGCGAUUUUGUGUCCUUGGAAAUAAAAAGCGCUAGUGUUUUUCGGCUAACCGGGGGUGAUGUCUCGCCGGUGAGAGCGUGUGUCCGGUGUCCGGAGCAGAUGCAGUGAAGGGAUAGAAGAUGAAAAUACACAAGAAGGACAAGCAGCAGAUGUUCACUGGUCUCCUGAAGCACACGCCACCUCUGGCCUCCGCUGCAGCAGCCGCCUCCACUGCCUCGGACCAAAACAGCAACGCACAAACCACAGUUCCCACAAUCCCACGGGGACACCUGGUCGUGGGCCCCAAGGACCAGCUUCGCCUCCUCACUCCUGUGGGCAGCACGGCGACGUCCAAUCACUGCGCGGCGGCCGGGGCCCACGCCGCUAAGCACUCCGGAGGAGCCCCACGACCUCCUUCCUCCCUGAGCGAGGAGGAUGAUGGAGGAGGAGGAGGAGGAGGAAGGGUGAAGAAGAAACGAAAGAAAAAGGACAAGAGAGAACGGGAGAAAGGAGGAGGGGAGGGAGGGGAAAGGGAAAGCAGCAAACCAAAGAAAAGAAAGGAAGAGAAGGAGGCGACGGUGGUCACACUGAGGAAGACUAAGGAGCCCAAUGAAGGCAAGGAGCGAAAGGAGCGUCGGACCAAGGGAAAGGAGGGCAGGAAAGAGAGUAAGACAGAGCAGAAGAAUGUGGGAGGGGGGAAACCUGCAGGCGCCACUGGACCUGCUCAGGUGCCUGUUAAGGUGCCUGGGAAGAGAGGAAGGAAACCGAAGAUCAAAGUCCUACCUCCUGUACCCACGAAUCAAGCACCUCCUCCUACCCCAGGUCUCCACACGAAGGUCGCAGGGCAGGUCCACGGCAAGAACCAUGGCCAGGCCAACAGCAAGACCCCAGCCCCCUCUGCGCCAAAACAGAGAGGCCGCAAACCCAGAAAUCCUGGCGCAGCGCCGGUGGAGAAGAAGAAGAAGGGUAAGAGGAGAAACCAGGAGCUGGCUGUCCAGGAGGGGGCGGAGAGUGACGACACUACCUCAAUGUCAGCCCUCAACAUGGGAGGAGAGGACAGCCAAGACCCCCUGGAUAACGCGAAGCGCCGUUCAGGACGUCAAGUCAAAAGGAGGAAGUAUAACGAGGAUUUGGACUUUAAGGUGGUAGAUGAUGAUGGAGAGACUAUCGCAGUUCUUGGAGCCGGUCGCAUCUCUGCACUCAACGCCACUGCUCUGGCAUGGCAGGCUGAGGAACCGCCUGAGGACGAGGCCAACAUCAUUGAGAAAAUUCUGUCUGUCAGAAUAGCAAAGAAAGAGACUUCGUCAUCAGAGGACCAAGUGGAGGAGACCGAGGAGUUUUAUGUCAAGUACAGAAAUUUUUCCUACCUACAUUGCAAAUGGGCAACUCUGGAAGAGCUAGAGAAAGAUCCCAGAAUCCACCAGAAGAUUAAACGCUUCAGGACCAAACAGGCCCAGAUGAAACACCUGUUCACUGAGCCUGAUGAGGACUUAUUUAACCCAGACUACGUAGAGGUGGACAGAGUGCUGGAGGUGGCUGUUACCACAGAUACUGAGACUGGAGAGGAGGUGACCCAUUACCUCGUUAAGUGGUGCAGUCUCUCUUACGAGGAGGCGACGUGGGAGCUGCAGGAGGACCUGGACCCAGAGAAGAUCAAAGAGUUUGAGGAGAUCCAGAAACUGCCACCUGACCUCAGACACACGGAGCGUCCUCUUCCAGAAAAGUGGCAGAAGUUGGAGCGCUCCAGAGAUUACCGAAAUGGAAACCAGCUCAGAGAAUACCAGUUGGAGGGAAUGAACUGGUUGCUGUUCAACUGGUACAACAGAAAAAACUGUAUACUGGCAGAUGAGAUGGGGUUGGGAAAGACCAUCCAGUCAAUCACCUUUCUGUACGAGAUCUUCAGCAUGGGGAUCCGCGGCCCCUUCCUCAUUAUCGCCCCGCUGUCCACCAUCACCAACUGGGAGAGGGAGUUUCGCACAUGGACGCACAUGAACGUCAUCGUGUAUCACGGCUCGCAGAUCAGCCGGCAGAUGAUCUUGCAGUACGAGAUGUUUUACAGAGACCCACAGGGUAACACUAUCCCAGGGGUGCUGAAGUUUCACGGAGUGAUCACCACCUUCGAAAUGAUCAUGGCCGACUGUCCGGAACUGAAGAAGCUCCACUGGCGCUGUGUAGUGAUCGACGAAGCCCACCGACUGAAAAACAGGAACUGCAAACUGCUGGAGGGACUUAAACUCAUGAACCUGGAACAAAAAGUUCUGCUGACAGGAACCCCUCUGCAGAAUUCAGUGGAGGAGUUGUUCAGCCUGUUGAAUUUCCUAGAGCCGCUACAGUUUCCCUCAGAAAGCACCUUUCUGGAAGAAUUUGGGGACCUUAAAACCGAUGAACAGGUGAAGAAGCUUCAGGCCAUUUUGAAGCCCAUGAUGUUGAGGAGACUGAAGGAUGAUGUGGAAAAAAACCUGGCGCCUAAAGAAGAGACCAUCAUAGAGGUGGAGCUGACCAACAUUCAAAAGAAAUACUACCGAGCCAUCUUAGAGAAGAACUUCUCAUUCCUGUCCAAAGGAGCAAACCAGCACAACAUGCCCAACCUCAUUAACACCAUGAUGGAGCUCCGCAAGUGCUGCAACCACCCCUACCUUAUCACAGGUGCGGAGGAGAAGAUUCUUGAAAGCUUCAGGAAGUGCCACAGUCCGGACGCGUUGGACUUUCAGCUGCAGGCAAUGAUCCAGGCAGCCGGUAAACUGGUGCUGAUCGACAAGCUGCUGCCCAAACUGUUGGCCGGGGGACACAAAGUCCUUGUCUUCUCCCAGAUGGUCCGCUGUCUGGACAUCCUGGAGGACUACCUCAUACAGAGACGCUACACGUACGAACGCAUUGACGGUCGUGUGCGCGGGAACCUGCGGCAGGCGGCCAUUGACAGGUUCUGCAAGCCGGACUCAGACCGCUUUGUUUUCCUGCUGUGCACCAGAGCCGGAGGCCUGGGAAUCAACUUGACGGCUGCAGACACCUGCAUCAUCUUCGACUCGGACUGGAACCCCCAGAACGACUUGCAGGCCCAGGCACGCUGCCACCGGAUUGGCCAGAGCAAAGCGGUGAAAGUCUAUAGACUGAUCACCAGGAACUCCUACGAAAGGGAAAUGUUUGACAAGGCCAGUCUGAAGCUCGGAUUGGACAAAGCUGUCCUCCAAGACAUAAACCGCAAAGGAAGCCUCAAUGGGGUGCAGCAGCUUUCUAAGCUGGAAGUGGAGGAUUUGUUGAAAAAAGGAGCAUACGGCGCACUAAUGGACGAAGAAGACGAGGGCUCAAAGUUCUGCGAGGAAGACAUCGAUCAGAUACUUCAGAGACGAACUCAGACCAUCACCAUCCAGUCUGAAGGGAAGGGGUCCACAUUUGCUAAGGCCAGUUUCAUCUCAUCUGGUAACAGAACGGACAUUUCUUUGGAUGACCCCAACUUCUGGCAGAAAUGGGCCAAGAUCGCUGAGGUGGAGAUCGACUCCAAAUCGGAGAAGGAGUCCUUGGUGAUCGACACACCUCGAGUCCGGAAACAGACGCGUCACUACAACUCCUUUGAGGACGACGAGCUGAUGGAGUUCUCAGAGCUCGACAGCGACUCUGAGGAGCGGCCGUGUCGGACUCGCCGCCUGGGUGAACGCAGUCGGCGGUACCUCCGUGCUGAGUGCUUCCGGGUUGAGAAGAACCUGCUUAUCUUCGGGUGGGGUCGGUGGAAAGACAUCCUAAACCAUGGUCGGUUUAAAUGGCACCUGGCGGAGAGAGACAUGGAGGUGAUCUGUAGGGCUCUGCUAGUUUACUGUCUGAGACACUACAAGGGUGAUGACAAGAUCAAGAGCUUCAUCUGGGAUCUGAUCGCACCCACCAAGGAAGGCCAGGACCAAGCACUGCUCAAUCACUCUGGUCUCUCGGCUCCAGUUCCUCGGGGUCGGAAAGGGAAGAAGCUAAAGAAUCAGCUUAAUGUUCCUGAGGUGAAGAACGCUGACUGGCUGGUGCACUGCAACCCCGAGGUGGUGCUGCAGGACGAGAGCUACAAGAAACACCUCAAACAACACUGCAACAAGGUGCUACUAAGGGUGCGGAUGUUGUACUACCUAAAGGUGGAGGUUUUGGGUGAGGCUGCCAAUCAAGCACUAGAGGGGAUACCUGCCAGUAAACUGGAGGUGCCACUACCCGACAUCGACUACAUAGAGAUUCCAGCUACAUGGUGGGACACAGAAGCUGACAAGUCGCUUCUCAUAGGAGUCCAUAAACACGGCUACGAGCGGUACAACGCCAUGCGUGCCGAUCCAGAUCUGUGUUUCCUGGAGAGGGUGGGAAUGCCAGACGUCACAGCGCUGUCUGCUGAACAGGGAGGAGGGGAGGGCGUCCCCGACAUAGCUGACAGUGUGUGCAAAACGGAGGAGGCAAAGGACGACACUGAAAGCAAAGCUGAUGGAGGGGAGGAUAGAGAUGAGAGCAGCAAGGGAGAGGAAACCUGCUCCAGCACAGAUACCUCAGACAAGCCUGACAGCACAGGUCCAGACUCCCAGAUGUCCGGUGACUUGUGCACCCAGGAUGGAACAUUGGUCACAACCACGACAACCGGAACAGGCACUGGGGUGGCGUCUCUCCACGUCAUCCAAGCACGGCCCCUCUGGCCCACGGGCCCCGCCUUGACGGCCCGUUUACGACGUCUGAUCACCGCAUACCAGCGCUUCACGCUGCGCCGCGAGCCGCUGCUCAGGCACGACUUCCUGCUUCACGACGGCCUCGUUGGCGUGGGGCUCGGAGGAGCUGGAGCUGCUCACAGUCAUCACGCCGGUGGGCCGCUUGCUUGGCAACUGGGUGAAGAGCUGAGGCGGUGUUCUGUUGUUGCCACUGAACCUGACCCCCUGUUUCUGGAGUGGCAGAGAAGGUGGACUCGUCGUGAACAAGCAGAUUUUUACCGCACCGUGUCAUCAUUUGGGGUGGUGUACGACCCAGAGAGGAAAACCUUCGACUGGUCCCAGUUCAGAGCACUGGCCCGGCUGGAGAGGAAGACUGACGAGAGUUUAGAGAGAUACUUUAACUCAUUUGUCAACAUGUGUAGGACCGCCUGCAAACUGCCUCCAAGGAAGGAAGAAGGGUUGGUGGAUCCCGCUGUGCUUGUAGAGCCUCUGACAGAAGAGAGAGCAGCCCGGACUUUAUACCGCAUCGAGUUGCUCCGCAAGAUCAGAGAGCAGGUUCUCCGUCAUCCGUUAAUCUCGGCCCGCCUCCAGCUGUGCCGCCCCUCCCUCUACCUCCCGGUCUGGUGGGAGUCUGGCAAACACGACCGUGACCUCCUCAUCGGGGCGGCGCGGCACGGCUUGAGCCGCACCGACUUCUACAUCCUGAAUGACCCCCAGCUGAGCUUCCUGGAGGCUCACAGGAACUACGUCAGGGGACACCCCUCUCAUCUUCAUCCUCAAAGUCACCAUCACCCUCACCAUCCGGGCAUGGCCACUCAUCCUGGCAUCUCGUCUUCAUCCUCCUCCUCGUCUCAUCCGCAGCUGCCUCAUCCUCACUGCUGUCUGUACGAUUCGGGUCUCGGUCGCAACUCCCCUCAACCUCCUGAAUAUCCCCACCAAUCCUCUCACCACCACCACCAUCAUCACCACCAGCAUCACCCUGCGCCUCCAUCGAUUCCUUCUCCUUCCUCCUCCUCUCACCCUCACCUCCACCCUCCACCAUUGGAGGCACACAACUCUGCCUCACCAAGUCUGGGAAUAGUUCCGGGCUCACGGGGAGAUUUCCUCGACUGUCCUCCUUUGGAUGAAACCCUGGAGCUGGGUUCGCUGCAUCAUGACGCCAUGUCUGCAGAUGCUUUACAUGGAGGGAAGGCAUCCAAAGACGCCCUCAAUGGUUUCCCAUUCAAUUCAGCUGCAGGAGGUCAAAGCAUGCUCAACUCGUACGCUGUAGGGGGAACAGACCUCGAUUCAAAACUAAGGAGUGACGUGCUUGUUGGUGAGCAGGGCUCCUCAGAGGAAACCGGGCUGAUGGCACCGUCAGUGGAGCUGGAUCAGUUACAGGCUCCCUGGGACGGCACAGACCAAUCCAGUCCAGCUCACCACAUGUUCAAUGAAUCCGAUCCAAUCCUGGGUCCUUCCACCCUGGAGACUGGGUUUCUGGAGGAGGACGAGGAAGCACAGAGGGGAGACAGGGGAGAGGAGGAAGGUGGAACUCUAGAGGAGUGUUUGGGCCUCCCACCCUCAUCCUCUCCUUCCCACCCCUCUGCAGGAGAUUCUGUGGAGCCGCUGACCUCAACCUACAUGCUCUUCAAGGACAUUGGUGUGAGUGAGGAACCCAGCGCAGAUCAAACCGACCUGUCAGUGAGCCCCCCUCCUCCCUACGUCCCCCCUCCUCCUCUCUCUCUGUCUGACAUCACUGCCCAUGAGCCACAGGAUAGGCUGGGCCACUCUGAUGUCGCUGAGAGCCUGACCAUUUCUGUAGAGGAAGGAGAAGGCCAGGACGGAGGUGCUGGGUUCGAAUUUGAUGACAAGGAGGAAGAAGAAGUGGAAGACUCGUCGAGGGCGACCAUGGAGCAGGACGUGGAAAAACAAAGUCUGGAAAGAGGAGAAUGUGAUGCAGACCAAGGUGUAGACCAAAGUUUGCGAGUCUUGAAUCCACACAUGGAAGUACCACAUAUGGACGGGAUGGAGCCAGAACUGGGUCUUGGAGAACAGGACGAGAGGAUGGAGGUCUCAAACCAACUAACUCAAGACCUUCAGGAGAGCUUUGACCAUCACCAGCAUGAAGAGGUGUUACCGCAAGGGGUGAAUCCUUAUCUUGGGAAGCUGGAACAGGAGGGUAGCCUUGCAUGUCCAGAGUCUAUUGAAGAGCCCGGGGAGGAAGUGGAUGGGUUGAUUUUGUAUCACACAGUGGAGGAAGAGACAAUGGAAAACUCUCUUGACUCUGAAACAUUGCUGGGCAAUGCUACUGGAGAGUUUGUGCAAGCGAGGGGAAUUUCAGAAAAUUCCAGCGAGGAUGGCCCAGUGGAGUGCGCAGAUCUUGCAGAUCAAGUGGAUGAAAUCUCAGAAGGGCAGAUGGCUCACGUUUCUCUUAUGGGUGCUCCAAUGGUUCAUCCCUGUGAUGAGACGUUAAAAAAGGCAGUGAAAUCACUAGACGCCAAACCCAGUGUGAUGGAGCUGGAGAGUAUGUACUCAGAAUACACAGAAACCUCCUGCCCUGCUACGUCUGUCUCAUCUCCUACAGUAGCAUCAAAGCCUGAUGAAACCACCACAAAGAUUGACGAGGGAGUCAAAACCGAAAUCUCCGUGGAUCAGGAGAACUAUGAAGGUGCAGUUGAAGAUGUGAACUUACCAGGUGGCAGCAGAGACUAUAAGAAUAGAGCCCUGAUGUCCUCCCUUGUUCAGGACAAUAAAGACAAUCAGCUUGAGCAAAAUGAAAUCAAAAUGGCAUCUACUCUACCUGCAAACAGCACUGACACAAAGCCAUCUGAUCUUAAAUUUUCUCCUCUACCAGAUGGCGGUGAGAGGAAACCACAGCAGUUGGAGCUGCCAAUCAAGGUAGAGAGGACCAAGACAGAGACUCUUGAGGAUGUCUACCCUGACAGCUCUGAAGUCAAACAUGGAAGAUUCUUCUCCUAUGCUGUAAAGUCAGAAGUCUUGGUGACCAAAGCUGAGCAGUUAGACUAUCCUGUCAAACCAGAAACACCGGAGGCCAAACCUGAAGAUCUAAGCCUUCCCAUGAAGCCUGAGACCUUUGACCGUAAGCCUGAAGUUCUCCAGUUUGCAGCCUACUCAGAUGGUGCUGAAAUCAAACCUGAAGCAAAACCAGUAGCUUUUGGGUUUGUUGCUUAUGCAGAUGGGGCCAAGCUUAAGACUGAGACAAAGCCAGAAGGUUUAAGGUUAACAGCCUUUCCUGACACGUCUGCCAUCAAGCCUGAAGCCAAGCCAGAGCGUCUGGAGUUCACAACCUACCCAGACAGCUCUGAGAUUAAACCUGAGGCCAAGCCAGAGAGCCUGGAGUUUAGAGCUUUACCCGAGAUCAAAGCUGAGACGAAGCAAGAGCUGUUGGAGGCUGACAGCACAGUCCUGACCCCGAAGCUCGAGCAGGCAGACGGCCUGGUGGACACCUCGGGAAGUCUGGUGGUGAAAGACCAAGUGAAGGAGGAGAGGCCAAAUACACCAGUGUCUGUGGUGGAAGGUUAUGUGAGCAGCCCCAGGUUUGCAGCUCCGAUUUCCAUGUGUGAGAUUCCUGACAGCCUCCAUGACACCAGAGAGCCAACCAUCGCCCAGCUGUUACAGGAGAAAGCACUUUACUCGUUUUCUGAGUGGCCGAAGGACCGGGUUAUCAUCAGCCGCCUGGACAGCAUCUGCCACGCCAUCCUGAAGGGAAAGUGGCCUUCAUCAAGUGAACAGUACGACUCGCCCGGCUCCCUGGCUGCCAACUCCUGCCUGGCCAACAGUUUAGCCCAGCACCACCGAGCGGGCUUUCUUCCCACCACGGCCUCCAGCUCCGUCCCAGGCCAGACCAGGGUUCAGCAGACAAACUCUGGGCUGGGGUUCUCCAUCCCUCCCCCUCUUACAAGACUGCCUAAGUACAUGCAGCGGGGCGGGGCAUGCGGGCGCGGAGCUUGGCGCCUCACCUCCUUGCCUCUCUUACAGGAGAGGCUCGUGGCUCCUCCCUAUCUCCCCGAGCUCAAACGAGCGGGAGGUCGGAGGUCUUAUGACUAUGAAGCUGCUGCAGCAGCCGCUGCCAAGGUUUUAGCUGGGAAAUCAGCAUCGGCAUGCCAUACUGCUACCACCACAAGCUCCAGUGGGGCUACUCCAGUGGUGGCCCCGCCCUCUCAUCGUACGGGAGCGAUGUUGAUUAAUGGUUGGCAAGAAGCAGCCAUUGAUCUAACCAAGUCGUCUGGAGAAAUAAGCACCACCAGUGGCAUUGGGACAGGAGAAGCUGUGGUUGCACCAGGAAUCAGCCACCAUGGUGCUGGUGCUGGCAGCAGUCAUAAGUUACCACCACCCCCCAUCACAGCACCGCUGACAGGCUCUGUGGGAAUCGACAUGGCAGGGAUACUGCAGGCCGGGCUCAUCCAUCCUGUAACGGGGCAAAUAGUUAACGGAAGCCUGAGGGGAGAUGACUCACUGAGGAGACGGAGAGGGAGAAGGAGAAACGUGGAAGCACUAUACUCUGAGUUCACCAAGAGCAGAGGACUGCACCUCCCAGAGACACAGGGCCGGGUGGAGGUGAUCAGCCACUCCUCUGUCUCCUCCUCUACCUCCUCGCCGUCCCCUUCGCCUUCAGAGCGACCUGCUGGCCCUCCCACACCGUCCUCUUCUUCUACGCCCACCCCCACGCAGACGCCCCCUCAGCCAGAGAUCGUGGCCAUUGACAGAGAGGCAGCCAGCAAAGGUCUGAUCGAGUGGCUGAGACAGAAUCCAGGCUACAGCAUGGAUCUCCCCACAUUCACUCAUUCUGGGGCAGGUCUAUUACAUGGUUUUGUGGAGCGUCCCAAGCAGAGGAGGCAUCGCUGUAAAGACCCCACCAAGCUGGAUAUCAACUCUUUGACGGGGGAGGAGAGGGUACCUGUUGUGCACCGAGGCACCGGACGCAGGCUUGGUGGUGCUAUGGCUCCGGCCAUAAAGGAGCUUUCGAGGUGGCUGGAUGCCAACUCGGAGUACUAUGUAGCUCCAGACUGGGCUGAUGUGGUAAAACACUCUGGUUUCCUCCCUGAGGGGAAGUUCUCUCGGAUCCUGACCGAACCAGUCAACAGAGACCCGGGCUCUCGGCGUCGUGGACGGCGGCCUCGCAGUGAGAUGCCUAAGCCCCUCCUGUCUGUCUCCGAUUCCGCCUCAUCUGGCCUCGGCCCGCAUCUCUUCAUGAACGGUGGAUUAAUUGGCAGCAUGGACUCCAUGGUGGCCAUGCAGAACCUCCGCAGUGGUAUCCCUGGAAUUCCCAUCUCCGGGAUCAUGGCAGCUGGAUUCCCACAUGGUUUCUCUGCCGCCGUCCAAGCGGGAGGAGCUGGAGCGUCGGCAGAGGAUGCCAAGAAUGGGUUGAGUAUGUUACCCAUGAUGCUGCAUGGAAUCCCGCACCCCCAUGGGGCUGGGAUCCCGCAACACGCCUUGUUCAGCGUCAGCGCAAUGAUGGCACACACGCCGCCACCACCUCCUCCUCACCCCAGCUCCUCCUCUUCCUCCUCAUUGUCUGCUGCAAAAGUCACCACGACCACCGCACCGUCUACAUCGGAGGCAGCCAGCCCCUCGUCGACAACGCCUGCGGAGAGAGAGAGCACCGUCUCUUCUGGCUCUGGUGGAGGUGAAAAGGACAGGAUCCGGGAGGAGAAAGGAGCAGCAGAAGCCAACAAAAGACCAGGAGGGGCGGAGGCAGCAGCCAUCAUUACCAGCAGGGCCCAUCUUGGCUCUGCCCAUCUCGGAGCCGGCACCGGUAGCCAUCUUACCUUCAACCCCUUCCUGAUCCCGGGCAUGUCCCACGGCCUGCUUUACCCGCACAUGUUCUUGCCGCACGGUGGCAUCAUGGCGCUGCCCGCUAUGCCUCCUGGUGCAGUAGACGGCUCUCCAGGCAGCCCCAAGAGGAGGAGGAAGAGAGGGCGGGAGGAGGGGGAGAGAGAGGAGGAGAGGGAGAAGGCAGCAACGGGAAAGGUAGAGGAGAGCGAAAGUACAGUUAAGGCUAGUAUUACCUCCCACCUAGCAGCAGCCUCCUCCUCAUCUCCUUCGAUCCCCUCUACCUCGGCUCCAGACCCAGGCCUGUCUCCGACUGAAGCGCCCCAGACUGGGCAGGGAGAUGGAGAGGAUGGGCCUGCAGAGCCCCAGGAACCAGACUCCCAUAACCAUCCUAAUGGAGCAGCAACAGGGGAGAAGGAGGAAAGAUCAGAGGACACAGAAGGAGAGGCGACACAGAAGGAGAAGCAGGAUACUGAGGAGCAGAGACAGGUGGAAGGAGAGGAAGCAUAGAGGAGGAGAAAACUGCUGAGGACAGAGAGACAACCACUUCCUGCUCUCUCCUCCAGUCUCCUUCAUUGCUCUCUCGACUGAGCAACAGUGUAAAGUUUGUGCCGUGUCUGUCAGUCAAUGUCCAUGUAAAGACUUUUAUUAUGAUGACUAAUAAUAAUGAUGAUGAUUAUAUUCAACUUGGUUAUGUUUAUAUGCCAAGACCCCACCCACCUGCUCCACUCCCUCCUUGUAUACAAAAACUAGUGAAGUAAGAAAUGAUCUUCAGUGUAUUCUUCCCCUUCAUUCUGCAUCGAGACUGAGUCUGGAGGGACACUUCUCAACAGGAACACACACACACACACACACACACACACACACACUGCAGGCAAGAUGUGCUAACCAUGGAGUGGCUUUGGCAGUAAUAUUGAUCCGUUAAUAAGCUCAAAGUGAUCCAAGAUUGUCUGUUGCAAAAAUUUUGGUUUGGUGUGUUUGCGUGGACAUGAGGAUGAAGAUGGAGAGUUGUGGCAGAGAUGGUUCUCUUAAGUUAGAUAGAAUUUCUCAUCACAGUUCGGAAAUUAAGAGAAGCUCAAGCGAAAGAGCCUGUUCACCAGAGUAGUUGUAUUAUUUUGACUUCUGGCACACUCCACCAAAUUGAGUGAUAUUAUUUAGAUUAUCUCUGUGCAAUGUUCAAAAUCAUGCAGGCUAGAUUAACGUAGAAUGGUGUCUUGGUAACACUGAAGAGUCUGAACCAGCAUUCCCAGAUACAUGUGACACUAAAACACCUUUUACUUCUCGAUACCAGGGGGAAGACAGUGAUAAACAUUAACCUAAUAUGCAAGAGCUACUCAACCAAUAAAACAGACAGCAGCCCAAAUACAUUUCAGAAUGUAGCCCUCUUGAAAAGAAGAAUAAGUAAGUAAAUUUUAUUACAUUUUUAAAAAGGUGCCGAAUUAGGAUAAAAAAAAUUUUUUUGUUUCUUUCUGGCUUUAACCUACUAAAAUUGAGAAAGUUGUGACUGUGAUAUUGAUUAGAAGGUCAGAAAAGUUACAAUACAAGUGAGGUUAAAAUAUCCCAGGCACGAUUGUUGUAUCUUAAUUGUAAGAUAGCAUUGUCUGCCGGUCCCCUUCAUUUUAGAUACGAUCAUUCACAUUAUUUUUUUGACUAGAACUUUAUUAUUAUCAAUGCUUAUUAUCAAUGCUAUGUCAUUGCUGCUAUAACUUCUUUUUAAAAGAAGUUCUGAGUAAUGUAAUUUACUCUUCACACUAGAAUAAUAAUCCAGAUUCCAAGAACAGGAAAUGUUGAGUGCAACAGAUUCAGAACAAGAACUCAACUUUCUCAUUUGCUUUCAUUGAUAAAAGCAGAGAACAAUCAUGAGAUUAAUUUGUUUUAUUACUUUUUAGAUCAUGUAAAGAUUUUUUUUUUGUAACUCGGACACAAAGUCACUUUGAUUGUCCCCCCAGUGUUUUAAUCAGAAGAAGGAAUGUCAAAGUUUAAAACUCAGUCAGGCCACCAGGGGGCGGUAAGAGCCAGAUUUGAUUGUAUCCUGUCCUGCAAACACGGGGUGGGAUUAGGGGGAAAAGAGGAUGUUGUUUUUUUCUGCCAUGGGGUUGCUUUUAUCUGAUCCCCAAAUGAAAUUAACUUACAGCAAAUCAAUGAAACAGUGGCUCAUCACAAAAAGUGCAAAAUGACCUGUAGCAUUAUGUCUUUCUUUUUUGGCCAUACUGUCCCCUCUUCACUUUUUUUCUCAGUGUUGGAUUCUUUGUUCAGAGAGAGAUUAUCUGUGUGUUGUCAACCAUCUGUCCAGUGAAAGGGAAUUGUCUGUUUUUUCGAAUGGAUAACAGAACAGAUAAAACAGGAAGAGGAGGGAUACAAAGCGGUGUGAAUCACUCGGGUUGAGCUCUCUGUCGUUGCUGUUUGGCUCAUUUCUUUUCCUCAGAUUCGUUUUAAUAGCAGUUCAUAUUAAGAGUUUUUAAAUAUGUAAAUCUAUCGCUGUAUAUUGCCUUUUUUUUCUUUCUUUUUUUUAAGCGCACCAUUCUUACUUUCACCUUUUUUUUUUGUUUGUUUUUCUCCAUUGGGAAAAAAAAUACUUGACAAAUGCGAGGGGGGUUUUUGCAGUGAGGUUAGUCCCAGUGUUUUCUGUAUCAGACAGACUGUACUGUACAUUAAAUUGAUGCAAGUUGCUGGUUUUCUUCAGUCUUUUCAGAACAGGGUCUGUAUUUUGGGGGUAUAUAUCAAAUGUUUCUGUUUAUGACGUUGGACUUCACUUUUUUGUUUUCAUACACGAAAACAUUAUUUUUGCACAAUGUCUUUUUGUGAAUGUUAACCUGUUUCUGUACUGUCUUGUGUUUCCUUUGUGUGUGCGUGAGUGUGUGUGAUAAUGGGAGAGACUGUGUCUGUGUGCAUGCAUGCGCACACGUUCUGUUGUGGAGCUGUGUUUCUGUCUUGUCCUUACAGGUCACAUUUCUUGUUGGAAAAAAAAACAUAGUUGUUGCCUUGUCACAAGUUUGUGGCUACAUAUAAUUUAUUAUACUUUUCUUUUGCUUUGCCAAACUUUCACCAAAUAUGACAUCUUUCUCUUAGUUUCAUUAUGUAUUAUUCAAAGUAAAAAUGCCUUAUUUAGCUAGUAUUUUUUUUGUAUAGAUGUUCUGUUACAUCUCCAUAUAGAGACAUGUUACUGUGUUUGUGUUCAGUUUGUCCUUUGCCUGUAUGCGUACACGGCCUUGGUGAUGUGCAUUACCUUCAAAAGCCAACAGUAAUGUGAAGGUUCCACUGUCCAAAUCACUACCUUGAUUUUUCAAAAGUCAAUCCCUCAAAGCACAAAUGGAGAGUUAACAAAAAGUGACUGUUUUCUUACCAGUGCCUCUAAAAUUACUUUAAAUUGUUUCUUUUUUGUGGACUUCACUUGCGCACUAUGUUGAAAUCACGUUUCCAUAGUGACCUCAUACUUGGGAAAGUGACAAACAUUUGGAAAUGAAGCUCUUGUCUUGAAGUUGGAUUUCACCAUUAGCAGAUGAUGCCAUGCUGUUCAUUAAAGGGGAAUUCUGGAUUUUUUUAUUUUUCAACCUGGGGCUUAUAUUAUCUCACACAUUUGUCCACUAUGACUAUUAGUCAUGAUAAUAUUUUACUCACAACUCCCUUGUAGAGAUUUGGAAAACUCAAGCAAGCUGUCAUUCAGGGUGAGGGGUGCAGGCCUUCUACAACGUUUGAAACAAUAUCAAACAGAAACACUUAUUUGUGUCCGACCAAAAGUAAACACACAAAGUGAGAACUGCAUAGCACAGUGGAACCACUUCUGUGUCAAUUUGUCAGCACUUUAGCCUUCCCUCUUAACAAAACUGCCCUUCACACAGCUCAGAAGAAGUAUGUAAUGUCAUGGUUCAGAUGUGGGCAAUAAAUAGAAACUGAGAACAGAGCGGUGCUGUGGUUUAUAGUCCAGUAUUAUUUCAAUUUUAGGCCUGUGCAGAACUCUCAGCAAACAUGACAAAAGGGUUCAUGUUUGCAAGUUUCUGAGUUGCAAAAUUACAAUGAUAUGAUACGGAGGGCUCAGAUUGUAUUGACUGAAACUGUAUGAUACAUGGAUAUGAAUCCUGCUAUGCAAUGUACUACAGCAGUUACAGAGACAUCCAGGGUACUGUUGUCUAUAGGAGGUUCUUGCUCCUUAUCCUGAUCACGACAUUCUUACCAGCAUUCAGUUUCUCAAAUCUCUCAAACGGAGGCGUCGAGACGCAGUUUGUGAAAUACAGAAUUUUCCUCUAAGCAUGGUCGUUUAAUCCCAUACCAUUCUCUUACUGCAUGAGGCCUUCUGUUUGGUAUCUAGCACAUCUAGGGUGAUAAUGCACACAUAGUAUGUAUCCAGCUCAAGUAUUUGAUUGUCCUUGUGUGAUUGUUGAGAUUCCUGGAGAAACAUGCAUCAGUAAAUCAGAAGGCAGUUCUUAGGCACCACAGCUAAAUUAUCUGAAAGGUUUAAAAGAAAUGAACAAAAAAAAAAACAUUAAUUCCACAGCCCUUGUGUGCACAUCCUUUCCUGUUACUGGCUUGUUCUUGUGUAAAAACUUGAAACAAACUCAUAGGUGGAGUAUGUGACAGCAGUUGGUCAGUCAAGGCGAUGGCUCUGUAUUGUCUGUUCAUGUCACACCAUGCCUUCUUUAACAGUGUUCUUUCUUUUCAUUGACGUCCUUUUGUUAACUUAAAUGUUUUUCAGAACGGUCACCUCAAAAUGUUGUAAACAUUUAUCUUUUAUCAUAAAUAAUGUAUUUAUUGUAUAGUUCUCGUCUUUACAUCGUUGUCUCAUGACUGAUUAAUGGCUGCUUUUGUUACUCUUACAGGUCUCCUGAAAGACAAAAGCAUUUUGGUUCACAUGGAAGUUAAACUAUCUGCUUUUCUUCGUAGCCCUCAUCACCGACUAAUCUGUUUGUUUUUUUAGAUGUAAUUACAUGAUAAAGAAUCCCUAAAAUACCUGCUUUUUAUUUUCCCAACACGGGUUACUGAGCUAUACUGUGUGUGGCAUUCAAUAAUAAUCCAGUCUAAGAGGAAUUAUUGGGCAGAAAGUACUUAUACACAAGUAUAUAGUAAUAGUAUACUUUCCAAGGACCAGGGUGCUGCUAACAGUUGUUCCAAAUUAUAAGAUGUACACUUUUGUUUUUUCUUACUACAUUUUAGAAGAAAAAAAGUGACUGAAAACUAUCAGUGUCUGGAGCAGGCAUGGCAGUUAAUCAAAGCAGGCACAGAUUUACACAAUUUAAACUCCUGUGAAUACUUUGAGGGAAAAUGUCUUACUUUGCUGUUGUUUUCUUGGUUUAAAGAAAAAAAAAAAUUAAAUACUGGAUUGUUUGUCAUGUAGAUCCAGUUCCAGUUGCAGAACCAUCAAUUAGAUUGAAGAUAUUUACAUUCAUUCAUGCCAGUUAAUGACUCACUAAAUCGGAAGACAGAUGCUGAAUUUCGUGACCUAUAUUAUUUUUUUUCCUCUUCAUGAAUUCUAAAACGUUUUGUCUUUAAAAUGAUAAUGCCAGAGAAAUGUUUACCAUCUUGUCACAGGUUUUUAGCCUGAUUAGUUCAAGUUAGCGGGUAACCAAACCAUCACAUGCUGGUUGUAGUGUUUGACUUGCACAUGAGAGACAUGGUUUUGACCGCCUGCAUUACCACCAUCACACUGUUCUUGAUUACAUUGGGGGCUGCUGGGUUUUGUCUUUGGUUUGAAGACUGGCCUUUAUUUAUUUGGAGGGUCCAUGUUCAGGCCUUCUAGUUGGGAAAUAUCUGCCCUGCUGAUGUGUCCUUAAGCAAGACACUGUAUCCCUGUCAGCUGAUUAGUAGAUGACUGUGACCGUUGACUUCCUGGAGAAGGAGGCCAGUUUUGGUUUGUAAUAGGAUGAAGAUCAUAAAAUCUAUAACAAAGAAAGAAAAGGGGAAUGUAGCCAGGUCAUGUGAUAUUUUGUAACUCUCAGAGAGCCGACAAAAAACAAACGCACUCCAAAGGUUUUGCUCCGAUUCUAAACACACAAAAAACAGAUGUCACAAAAAAUUUAAACCUAUUUUGCCUUGUGAAAAAUACUUAAAUACAAAAAGUGAGAAUAUCGUGGUGUUCCGUUUAAAUUAAUUGCAGGCUGGUUUCACAGACACUGAAAUACACUCCAUGUAAUAUUUAAAUAAUGUGGUUUAAGACGAACUUUUAUGUUCUUGUAAUUCCUGCUGACAGUAAGCUUACAAAAAUGUAUUAAAAAAAGUUUGCACACAGUCCACCUGAAUAAAUCAACAAGAAUUCACUUAUUAAAAAAUAUAAUAAAGCUACAGUGACAUUCAUUUUACCCAUGCAUUUAUCUUGAGUUAGUUAUUAGCCUUUCAUUUUCAAGAGGAAUGCUGAAGGGAAUCUAACUUCUGAAGCAAACUCAACACUUGAUCAUUUGUUAGAGAACAGCAGCACAACCUGCAACAACAGUUGAGUCAACAAAUACAUUGACUGAACUGAAGGGGAGCUGGAAAAUACCACUUUGUCCUUAUUCAUGUCUGUGAAACCACCCACCUCAGCAUUACAAAGACGCGGCAACUUAAAUAAUAUGUGACUGUUCACAGCCACUGAACCAAGCGCAAAGUAAUUCACAAGGAUGUUCUUUUAAAAAGUGGAGAAAAGACAACUGGCUGCUCCUGAAGUCAGAAACCUAGUCAUUACUAAGUAAGUUAUGUGGUGGGGUUUUUAAACUUUUUCCUUUAUUUUUCUUUCUUUCUUAUUUGUAACUAUAGCUCUCUGUAUUCCCAUGUGGACCAAUCUCAUGAGUCAGAACAUGGUAUGUGUGAUCUUUUAUUGUGCAAUAAAAGAUGACUUUCAA